GCCGGUUGUAAGUGCACCCAUUAUUAUGUUCAUUCUACGUGGAAUGCUGGUUUAACCGUUGUUUAACAUGUCAUUCUUCAUUCUGAUAUAGCAGCUGUAUAAUUUAUCGUAUGAAGAGGAUCGGGAAAGAGGAAUAUUACUUUUUGAAAAUAAUCGUGUAUUGAUGCACAGCGGAAGCGGUUGCAAGGUGGUUCAACAUUCGCGAUGAUCGACGUGUUAUCCUUACGAUGCUUUCUACUGCUGAUAGCAAUUUAUUAUGUGGCUGCAAUGUGCACGCCGAGUAACCCAUGUAGAAAUGGAGGAACAUGUUCGAGUACAAAUAAUGAAAAUGACUUUACGUGUAUGUGCACCUCAGGCUGGACUGGUAUGACAUGUGAAACUACUGAAGUUUGCUCAUCAAACCCUUGCAAAAACGGUGGAACAUGCGUGGCAUCAAACUCAGGGUUCGACUGUGAGUGCACAAUGAACUGGACUGGGACGGUGUGCGACGAACAGCGAGCAUCAUCACCAUGCCAAUCCAAUCCCUGUAUGGACAGAGGUAUGUGUACACCAGAGCAAAACAACGACUACAACUGCCAAUGUGAUGCGGGUUUCAGUGGAAAAAACUGUCAGAACGGCAGUCCGACGAGCAGUACGGACAAUACCACUAUAAUCGCCAUAGCCGUUUCUGCCGGUGUGGUGUUGCUGCUGUUGCUUAUAGCUAUAGCCCUCGUCUGCUACGCGAGACGGUCUCGGGCUAGUCGCAAUGGCACACCGCAGCAAGCCGAGAACGGACGCGAGAUGGAAUCACAAAAGCAUCGCCAGGCAAACACGUAUAUAAACCCACCACCAACCGGUAACAAGUCCGAGUUUCCCCGGGACAUGUUACACCUCUUUGGGAUCAUAGGUAGUGGGUCUUUUGCUGUGGUCUACAAAGCCGAAGCUGAAGGAUUGGUACAAAGGGGAGUUAAUACUACUGUAGCCGUGAAGAUGCUGAAAGAUACAGCUACGCCAACGGACAAAAGUGACUUCAAGAAAGAGCUGGAUCUGUACAUGUCGCUGGAGCCACACCCUAAUGUCGUCUCAAUGUUAGGCUGCUGUACAGAGAGAGAACCAUCUUACAUUCUACUGGAGUACGUUCCACACGGCAACAUGCAGACCUACCUGAGGCACAUCAGGACUGGUUCCGAGGCUGCUUACCAGAAUAAGGCCGAGUUCAAUAAAGAUAACCUCACCCCUACGGAGAUCUUAACCUUCGCCUGUCAGGUAACACGUGGUAUGGAGUACUUGGCGUCCAAACAGUGCAUUCAUCGCGAUUUAGCCACCCGUAACAUUCUCCUAGGAGACGGCCUAGUGUGCAAGGUGGCGGACUUCGGCUUGGCUCGGGAUAUAGCUGAGAAAAACCAAUACGAAAUGCAAUCACGGGGACGGGUACCAGUUCGGUGGAUGGCUCCCGAGUCACUGAUCAAUAACAUGUAUACAUCAAAGAGUGACGUAUGGUCGUUCGGCGUUCUGCUAUGGGAACUUGUAACCCUAGGAUCGCAUCCCUACCCUGGCAUGUCUUCCCAGAAGGUGAUUACUGAACUCCAGAAAGGCUACAGACUACCGAAGCCAUUACACUGCGGUGAUGAUAUAUACAAAAUAAUGAUGGAUUGUUGGAAGGAGAAAUCCAGCGAGCGACCGGACUUCACGAAGCUGCACUCCAAGCUAGAUAUACUACUGACAGAUGCAACGGGAUAUCUGGAGAUGGCGAGUCUCAACAAAGAUGAUUACGUCUACCUCGAACCUGAUCAGCAAAGCAGCUCAGAAUCAGAAUAAAUUCAACUUUAUGUUUACAGUCUGUAUAAAGCAUAUACCCAACAUCUAGGGGACGAGAGUGGACUUGGUUAUUACAUAAAAUAAUUGUUAGCGUAAACACUAAGUUGGCAACGACAAUGGACAGCUGUUGAUAGUAUACAACAUUGUGAGAAACGGCACCCUCUGAAGUAAAAUAUUUGUAUCUGAAAACGGCUUCAAGCCUGAAGCGUUUUAUUCUGGAAUCUCAACGCACAUUAGUGCAACGUCAAGGGCGUUUUAAUUUGUCUUUUGUUUUUCUCUUGUAGUUUCCAUGACAACCAAUUGAGUCAACAUUUUUACGGAUUUGUUAUUUUAGCGAUAUGUUGGUUUUCAACAUACUGGGGAGAUUACUGGUCUUUGACAAUAGCAAAAGGUGUCAAGUGCAUAUAAUUAUAAAAGUAAUCUUUUACAUCAAAUAAUUUUAAAUUGAAUUUUAAAGUGCUGAAAUAUGUAUUUAAAAUAUAAUUUCUGGUUUUAAAAGAAAAUUUAAGUUUCCUAUUUUUACAAGAUGUUCAGUUAGUUGUUGUCACUAGUUAAAGUGGAACUGUCCCAUUUUUUAGUUUUUAGUGUAGCGUCGUGAAUAUCAAUUAGCACAGCUCAUGAUGUUUUGUACAUAAUUAUUUUUGAUAUUAUCUCAUUGUAUUAAAUGUAAAACAAUUGUAUGGGAUCGUGUUUACUUUCUAGAUUAAUCUUUAACAAGACUUCCAGUGAGGCUAGGUGGCGGCAGACUAGACGAACUGCCAUUUCUCUUAGGCCCUUUCUUUGAAUCCAUGGCUUCGGCUUUGGAUUCGGCUUCAGUCUCCGUCCUCUCGUCUGAAGCACUGAGCGCGUACACGCAAGGCAUUGUCAAAACAACUGCGGGGCAAAGCUAUAUAGACUGAGCUGAAACUGGAGCCGAAGCCGUAGUUUUGGACAAGGGGCCUUAGAAUGGCGCGCGUGCUCUGAGCGACGUAGCUCAAAGGUUCUGGUCUGUCUGCUGCCACCUACCGUUUCGUUCUGAAGCCUCAAAUAAUUUCUGUGAUCUUUUUAAAUACUAUGCACAUAUAGAAGCAUAUAAAAUAAAAUAUCAAUUGUA